AUGGCUGUCCUUGUGCGCCCGCGGCAGCUUGACAACAGCCCUGCAGCCACCCGAGGACAGACGAGAGCACGGCGACGGACACGGCCACCAGCAGCUCAGCCCGCCGUUCUCGCCCUCUUCUCCCUGCCUCUCGCCGCUCUCGUCGGCGCAUCCACAUUCUCGUCGCCGUCCAUCUUCCCCUAUGUGCCAACCUCACUGCUCAUGCCCAGCGCAAGCGAUACCACCUCGUCGGCUGUCCGGGAUAUCAGUGUCGUCUACAUAUUUUCCGCCGACGGCACUGGGAGGGUCGACCUGCUCGCGCUGAACGUCUCGUCCACAGUGCAGGCACCCUCGGUCGGCAGUGGCUUGAAGACUGUGACACAGGGUGUGCCCUUUCUGCCCGACAGUGGACAGGCCAGCAUCACAACGGCAUUUACGCCAUGGCUGCUGUCGGACGGAUCCAUCUUGGUCCUCACCGGCGACUGUGCAUCUGAUGGUAACAGUAGCUCAUCUGCCUGGACCAUCGACCCCAGCGUCGACUCGCCUACCUGGGCGAGUACCAACGUCAGUCUCAGCAGCGUGUCCAGCUUUUCGGCGCCGUGGUUCCUCGGUGGCGGACUGGCAUUUUCAUCGCAAGUCGCGCCAACAGUGUCGGACCCGUCCAUUUAUGUGUAUGGUGGCAUGUGUCCAAAGGUGGAGGCACGGGAUGCGUCGUCGUCGACGGACUGGCAAGGCAACGCGACAUACUCGAACCAGAUGUUGAAGCUCAGCGCCAGCAGCGAUACCUACUCAGCUUCUCCCGUCUCCAGCAAGGGUCCGCCAAUCGCAGAGGCUGGAUUCACAAUGACGGCACUGGACCCUUCGCUGGCAAACCAUUCGACCGGUAUCAUGACGCAGGAGAUUAGCGCUGUCAUCUUGGGCGGCCACACGCGAACAGCUUUUGUCAACAUGAGCACAGCCGCGCUGUGGAGUAUGCCUGAGGAGGCAUGGUCGUUUGUGUCGAUUGCAGCCGACAGCCAGUCGUCGCCGACAGUGCCGGACAGUCGAUCGGGACACACUACCGUGCUGAGCGAGGACGGCAGCAAACUGGUCAUCCUGGGAGGCUGGGUUGGUGAUGUCGGCCAGGCGGCUGAUCCCCAGCUGGCGGUGCUGAAUAUGGGAGCCACGUAUGAGAAUUGGCAGUGGUCCGUUCCGUCGACACAGCCGUCGGGGGGUGGCAGGUAUGGUCACGGAGCCGUGCUGUUGCCUGGAAAUGUUAUGAUGGUGUACGGCGGAUACAACAUCAGCAGCAGCAAUGAGGGAAGUUCUUCGAGGCUCGUCCGAAGAGAUGGCAGUAGCAGUCUGUCCUUCUUCAACCUGACCAGCCUCGCGUGGACCGAGGAGUACACCAACCCAACAUAUUCCAGUGCAGCGUCGUCGACGUCCUCAUCCUCAUCUUCGUCCUCAUCCUCAACUUCGUCCUCCUCCUCGUCCUCUUCCCCGACUUCGUCCACUUCAGCGAAAAUAGGCCUCGGCAUUGGCCUCGGCCUGGGCCUGCCACUGGUCUUUCUAGUGCUCUUCUGUUGCUGUCGUAGCCUCUGGCGGAGGCACCUGCAGCGACGACGUCGCAUAGACGCCGUCAACACGCUGGCGCAGGAUCACAACCAGUUUCUCGCAGGCCACGACGAAAUGCUUGAGGUCGGCGAGCAGGCCGCGUUGCCCACCCAUUGGGCUGCGAGCUAUACGGGGGGGCACGAUCCGUACCAUGCAGUACCCGGUGGUGGUGGUGGUGGUGGUGGUGGUGGUAGUAGUAGCGGAGGUGGUGAUAUCAACUUUCGACGAUCGCUCGGGUACGAAUCGAUGCGCGGUUCAUCGCGUCUUGGCGCAUCGGUCGGCAGCGAAUCCGAUUUUUCUGAGAAGGGCAUGUAUGCGGAGGAGGCCAUUGCCACUGCGGUCAUCGUCCGCAAGCCCACCCGCCAGAUAGCCCGUGGCCUCUACCAGCCGACGACCAUUGCAGACUAUGAGCAGGUGAACAGCAUCAUCAUCGGCGGACGCAGUGCUGGGAGCAGUAGUGGUGGUGAUGGUGGUGAUGGUGGUGAUGGUGGUGUUGGUGCCUCUACCGUUGUGGCUGUCGGACCGGGAAGCAUUCACCCCAUCUACGAGGCAGAUGAGGAGGAGGAUGACGGGGCAGCCAUAGACCACAGAAAUGCUGUUGCGGCUGCAUUGUUCAGUGUGGGUGCAGGCCGCCCGACAACGCCAUCGGGGCGUUCCAUCAGCCCGGAAACGGCGGAGGAGGAGGCCAGUCAGUCGGAUCCGUUCCUGACGCCGGUGGCCGCCCCACGAGGACUGUUUGCGACGCCUGGCUCAGGCGGUACCACGGGCACUGGUGGCACUGGAACCACAGUGCAGCUGUACCCAUUUGCGUACAACGCGCCAAGUUCGGAAGGCCGGUUGCGGCAAGGAGGGACCACGGGGACCAGCGCGAACACCGGGGGCGCUGUCGCCGGCCAGGAUCGCGAUGUCCAGGAGUGGGUGUCAGGGCUGGAAAUCGAGGAUCUGUUGUUUUCACCGCCGGUGCCGGGAGCCGGUGUCUUGGCCGCGUCUACCUUGCAAGCCCCGAGCCAAGCGGCUGGGGGGGCAGGAAGCAGCGGUCCUCCUCCGCAACAGCGUGGCCGCUGGUCACCCGUUCGCCGGCAGAGCCACCAGUCGCGCAGUAACAAUAGCAGCCCAACACGUGGCAGUUUCCUUGGGCCGGCCGUCGGGGUCGAUGAUGAGGCUCGCACAGUCAGCAACCUGUCUGAUCGCAGCGCGUUCAGUUUUCUGUCACGAACGGGAAGCUCACAGUCUCGGAUUGGCAAAGCUGCCGCAGCAGCAACGGCUGCAACAGCCGCAACAGCCGCCUCCUCGGGGACUAGUGACACCACGGGACAGUCGUACAACACGGCCAUCUCUGGCUUCCAGACGCUGCGAACGGAAGGUCCUGGACUGCUCUUCGGCACGGCACAUGGUGGAGGUGGAGGAGCAGGCAAUUUGGCAGCGCCUCAGACGGCUUAUGCCCCAGUCCCUUCGCCCGGUCCAGGCGAAUAUGGAGGUGCCGCGGCCGUGCUGCUACCGGGCAUGCUCACCUCUGGAUACCAGGAGCAUGAGGACGAGAACAGCGCGCUCACAGGGUCACCAAGCAAGUCCAAGGGCCGACGGAGCAUGUUUGGCAGCUUCUUCCGUAUGCUCAGCGGCAGUGGUGCGGCCACGGCAGCAGCGGCAGCAGCAGCACUUGCCGAUGAGCAAAACGCCUUCUCGGAAAGCAGCAGCGCACAACCUCAACUGGCCAACGUCCGCGAUCGGGCCCAUGCGACGCUGUUGCGACGUAAGCAGGGCCGCUUCGACUGGGAGGCGGACGAGAUGCGAGAUGAAGAAACCACGGCUGUGGGCGGUCUGACCGGGCGAGCUCAGAGCCGACGGGUGGUGAGCAUGCCAGGGAUAGGUGCCGGAAACAGCGCAGGAGAAGCGUCUUCAAGGACUCCUGCAGUAUCGAAAGGUGGAUCGGUCCGUGCUGCCGGGCCUGUUGUACCGGCAAGUGGGAGCGUUGGUGCAGGACGACGCGAUGGCAGCGGCCAGUCAGAUGACUGGGACGUGGAAAAUGCCGUACGCAUGCGGUCGGUGCAGGUCAUGUUCACGGUGCCUCGAAACGAGCAGCUGAGAGUGGUCAACGCCGAGGUCGAGGAUGACGACGAUAAGGAUGAUUCUGUCGCCGAGCCUGGCGGCAUGACAACUCCACCGCCACCCAUGCCAUCACCACCUCAGCAGCAGCCAAGGACAGCAGAGGAUAUUCUCCGUGCACAGGAUGUGCAGCUGCAGCAGAUGCACGGAGCACUGGCUAGAUCGCGGCAGCUUCUGGCGGAGAGCACGCUCGAGCCUUGGAUGUUAGUGGACAAGGAAACUGUCGAACAAGAGGCUGGCGAAAGUAGUCAAUCCAAGGGCAAGCAGCCAGCCGACAGUGUUCAGGCCGGCGACCUCAAGCGGAACACGAUCGACCGCAUCAACAACGACAUCGACGUCGACUGGAUCGAUGCUGCUGAUAUCCCGCCUCCAACACUUGACUCAUCUGCUGUGCCGAAGCCGUUGCAGCCUCUGCGGUCAAAUCCAACGGUAUUGCCCAGUGCUUCAGCACUCUCGGCCAAGAAGUCAUCCUCUUCGUUGCACACGCCCACAGCGAAGGCCUCGUCUGGCUCGCUUUCACCCUUGGAGCGGCCCAAGUCGCGCGCGUCAGCACAUCGGCUGGCUCGACGCAGUGCUGCCAGUCUCGUUGAUCCUGCCAUCCCCGUCGACCUCAAGCUGAAGCCGGCUGGAUUCGUCAUGGGCAUGGUUGAUCAAAUCGAGAGCUCGAGCUCGUGUGGGGGGUCAAGGCCGGGGUCACCUUCCAAGAGUAUACGGGACUGA